AGAAUGAUCUAUUACCUCAUGAUGUGCCUGAUCUUUAUAUCUCUUAGACACUUUGAAGUUAUCAGUUUGCAAUUCGUUGACACAUUUUUCACUCUUGAUGACUAUUGUCUCAGGAAAACAAAGGGUUGGACUGAAAAUUGGAAUAGGAAUGGCUGCAUCGGGAGUUGGAAUUGGGAUCACCCUUAUUAUAAUGCUUUCCUUCAGUAAGAAACGAGUGAUCAGAAUUAUUAUGGCUUUGAUAAAGCAUAGGAGCGAGCAAUUCGAUGGCGAAAUGAAGAUUGAGGGACUUGUCUCAUCGAGAAGAUAUACCUACAAAGACAUCAAGAGGAUGACCAACUCUUUCAAAGAAAAGUUAGGCGAGGGAGGCUACGGCUAUGUGUAUAAAGGCAAGCUUCGAGAUGAUCAAUUUGUGGCAGUAAAGCUUCUAAAGAAGCUGAAAGGCAAUGCUGAAGAAUUUUUCAAUGAAGUUGCGAGCAUAAGUAGGACUUCUCAUAUCAAUGUUGUUAACCUCUUGGGGUUUUGUUUCGAAGGAAAAAAAAGAGCUUUGGUUUAUGAGUUCAUGCCCAAUGGAUCACUCGAAAAAUUCAUAUUCAACAGGAGUAACACUUUAGAGGUAGAUCAACAAUUGAGUUGGGACACAUUGUACCAGAUUUCGCUCGGCAUAGCUCACGGGCUAGAGUACUUGCAUAGAGGAUGUAAUACAAGGAUCCUACACUUCGACAUAAAGCCUCACAACAUUCUUCUUGAUGCAAACUAUUGUCCCAAGAUUUCCGACUUUGGUCUUGCCAAAAUAUGCCCAAGAGAAGAGAGCAUCGUGUCAUUGCUUGGUGCCCGAGGCACCAUCGGAUACAUUGCUCCCGAGCUAAUCAUAAGGAACAUCGGAGGGGUUUCUCACAAAUCGGAUGUCUACAGUUAUGGCAUGAUGGUUCUAGAGAUGAUCGGCAAGAGGAAAAACAUUGAAGUCACGGUAGAUCAUACGAGUGAAAUAUACUUUCCUUAUUGGGUCCACCGACGCUUGGAGCUCCGAGAAGAGCUUGGCCUGCAUGGGAUCACAAAUGAGGAGGAUGAAGGAAUUGCAAAGAAGAUGAUUGUAGUAGGCUUAUGGUGCAUUCAGAUCGAUCCGAGAGCUCGACCAUCAAUGACCGGAGUUGUGGAGAUGCUAAAAGGCAGUGUUGAGACCUUACAAAUUCCUCCCAAACCAUCCUUGUCAUCACUCUCAAGAUCACCCGAGGCUUGUCAAUGUAUGCCAGAGAGAAAUGACUCAACUUGGCACGAUUCAAUAUCAAUUACAUCAGACUAACAUAGUUUGUAAUAGAGUAUUUACAGGGGUCAACAUAUCUACUGCUUCUGACCUGGACCCUUCAAGUGCCUUUUAGCAGAGACAUCCACGACUUCUUUUAGAGAAUAUAUUUGAGCCA